GCAGGGUAAUGGCUGCGCGGAUUGCUGGUGGGGUGGAAGAAUUCACAGUUGAUUGUUGCGUGAGGUGUUCUUGAGGCCUGGCGAUCGUGGAAAGCAACCGGAGACAGACGAUGACGAGGACUGGCUGUGGCUUAGCCGCCGCCCAGCGCAGAAGUGGUGGAAUUCUCGUAGCCUGGGAUACAAGUUCCUUCUAGCAGCAGUGUUGCUGGAUAGGUAGUAGAUUGAGUCUAUUGACAAUAAAGAAACCCGAGAAUGUCCGCGACAUGAAGACGGGUGCAGUGAAUAACCCUGGAAGUUGGAUUUCGUUCGCAAGUCCCCACCAUGCAUGAUGAUGCCGCACUGGCCAAUCAGAGCUGCUAUCGCUUCUAAGGGCAUUUUAGCUCGUCGUGUGAAAGGCAUUCUUCCCAACGAGCACACCAAUAUGUCCGGAAUAGCUUCAAAGUCAUUGCGACAGGCAUCCGGCCUGUGCCUGAAGCAACCCGCUUCUGCUGUUCUGUUGCGUAGCACUGCAACAGCUCGAGUGGCGGCGACAAGCCUAAAGACCUCAAGAAGAGGAUAUGUUUCGGCGACGAGGAAAGAUAGUGCACAGGUCAAUGUCGACACCGCAAUCCGUGCAGAGCAGAAGGCUUUCUUCGCGGAGACUGGUAAGCUUCCGGAGAAUCAGAGCAUUCCGGGGACCAGUGCAAACGCAGAAGCAAUGAUGAGUCCAAUGGCUGGUGUUCUUAAGCAAGCUACCGUCAUGGACGAAGGCCAAAGACCAAUUUACCUGGAUAUGCAAGCUACGACUCCUCUCGACCCGCGUGUGUUGGAUGCCAUGUUGCCAUUCUAUGCCGGACUUUACGGCAACCCUCACUCGAGAACGCAUGCUUAUGGAUGGGAGACUGAUAAAGCCGUUGAAGAAGCUCGACAGCAUGCUGCCGAUUUGAUUGGCGCAGAUCCCAAGGAGAUCAUAUUCACGAGUGGUGCUACUGAGAGUAACAACAUGAGCAUCAAAGGAGUUGCGAGAUUUUUCGGGCGCGCGGGAAAGAAGAGGCACAUUAUCACGAGUCAGACGGAGCACAAGUGCGUGUUGGACAGUUGCCGACAUUUACAAGACGAGGGUUUCGAUGUCACAUACCUUCCUGUUCAGCCCAGCGGUUUAAUCAACAUGGAGGAGCUCGAAGCCGCAAUCCGGCCAGAUACGGCUCUUGUCAGUAUUAUGGCUGUCAAUAAUGAGAUUGGUGUCAUACAGCCAUUGGAGGAAAUUGGCAAACUUUGCAGGUCGAAGAAGGUGUUCUUCCAUACCGAUGGAGCACAGGCUGUUGGAAAGAUACCAAUGCAUGUGAACAGGAUGAACAUCGACCUUAUGUCGAUUUCAUCACACAAAAUUUAUGGACCAAAGGGAAUGGGAGCCUGUUAUGUCCGAAGGCGACCGAGAGUGAGGAUUGACCCCAUCAUCAGUGGAGGUGGCCAAGAGAGAGGUCUGCGAAGUGGCACUCUUGCCCCUGCUUUGGUCGUUGGAUUUGGUGAAGCUUGCCGGAUUGCUAAGGAGGAGAUGCCUUAUGAUUCUAAACGAGUCAAGAUGCUCUCGGACAGACUUCUCAACGGGCUUUUGUCGAUGGAGCAUACCACACAAAAUGGUGAUCCAGAACAUUUCUACCCUGGAUGUGUCAAUGUUUCUUUUGCCUACGUCGAAGGCGAGUCUCUUUUGAUGGCCUUGAAAGAUAUUGCGCUCUCAUCAGGAAGCGCAUGCACGUCAGCAUCUCUCGAGCCCAGUUACGUCUUACGAGCACUUGGCAGCAGCGACGAGAGCGCACAUAGCAGUAUUAGAUUCGGCAUUGGACGAUUUACAACGGAGAGCGAGAUUGAUUAUGUCUUGAAGGCCGUGAAGGAGCGUGUGACUUUCUUGAGAGAGCUGAGUCCUCUGUGGGAGCUGGUCCAGGAGGGUAUCGCUCUGGACAGUAUUGAAUGGAGUCAGCACUGAUUGCUUUGGAACGGAACUCGGU